AUGUCUGGAGGUGUUAAGAGAAAACUGGACAAUCAGUCAAUAGAGAAAAAGUAUGAAAUCAUACUGCAGCUAGAAAAAGGAACAAAACUGGCAGACCUUAGUCGUCAGCAUAGCAUUCCAGCUAACACCAUUUCAGGAUGGAAAAUGAAGGCAGACGUGAUAAAGCAAAUGUACGAGAAGUCUGUCUUUGAUCCAGGAAGAAGAAAACUUAGAGUGGCUGCGCACAAAGAUGUCGACGAUGCAGUGUUUCAAUGGUUCACAAAUACGCGAGCAACAAACCUUCCCGUAAAUGGUCCCUUGCUGAUGGAGAAGGCGGAAAUCCUUGCUGCAAAACUAGGACACCCUGACUUUAAAGCAAGUCAGGGGUGGCUGGAUCGUUUCAAAAAGAGGCACAACAUUGUCUUCAAAGCAAUUUGUGGAGAGAGCGCUGCAGUUCAACAGGAACAAGUGGAUUCAUGGCUGCGCACAAUUUUGGAUACCUAUGAGACUCGGAACAUUUUUAAUGCUGAUGAAACUGGGGUGUUUUGGAAUUGCCUUCCAGACAAGACUAUGGCGUUUCGUGGGGAGGCUUGUCACGGUAGUAAAAACUCGGAGGACCGACUUACAGUGCUAGUUGCUGCUAACAUGGAUGGAAGCCAAAAACUCCCGCUCUACGUUAUAGGAAAGUCCAAGAAUCCCAGAUGCUUCAAACAGGCAAAAGUUCUCCCAUGUGAUUACGAUAGCCAGCCAAGUGCCUGGAUCACAGGAGAUCUUUUCAGUGCAUGGGUGAAAAAGUGGGACAGGAAGUUCCAAGCAGAGGAAAGGAAGGUGGCACUGAUCGUCGAAAACUGUAGCGCUCAUCCGGAUGUUCCUGGUCUCAAGGCCAUGAAGAUCUUUUACCUCCCACCUAACACAACGAGUAAACUCCAACCAAUGGACCAGGGGAUAAUCCAAGUGUUUAAGGUAUACUACAGGAAAAUGUUGAUGCGCCAAUACCUGCUCCAUGAUGAAAAGAAGGCAGUGUACACACCUUCCCUUCUAGAUGCAAUGAACUUCCUGAGAUCAGCCUGGAAUGACGUGAAGAAGGAAACAAUCGCAAAUUGCUGGAUGCACUGCUUCAAUCAGGAUAUUUCCGAUGAUGAGUUUCAGGCACACUGCCGUGCAGCUGCAGAAGAGCUCGCGGAAGUGGUGGAAAAAUCAAGCCUUACAGAUACUAUCUUGGAAGAGGGGGCACAGGAGUUAGCCAUCACUGUCCAGGAAUUCCGAGAUUACAUAGACAUCGACAAAGACGUCAUUACCAAUGGCUUGAUCACCGAUGAAGACAUUGUAUCAAGUGUGCAGUCGGCACAGGCAAGCACAUCUACAUGCGACAAUGACAAAGAAGAUGAAGAAAAUGCGGACGAAGAUUUGGAACCAAUACCCUCAGCUGGUGAGGUGGUAGAAAUGCUACAGAAAAUUCGACGGUAUGGUUCUUUUGUAGGAGAUGAAACU